GUGAGCACAGGUGGGUGGCACUGGUGGGCACAGGUGGGUGGCACUGGUGGGCACAGGUGGGUGGGCACAGGUGGGUGGCACUGCUGGGCACAGGUAGGUGGCACUUCUGGGCACAGGUGUGUGACACUGCAGAGUGGCACAGGUGGGUGCACUGCUGGGCACAGGUGGGUGCACUGCUGGGCACAGGUGGGUGAUCUGUUGGGCACAGGUGGGCGGAGCUAGUGGGCGUACUGGGCACAGGUGGGCGGAACUUGCGGGUGGCACUGCUGGGCACCGAUCAUCAGGGCACUGAUCAUCAGUGCCCUGAUGAUCGCGUGUCAUUGGACACCGCUGAUCACGUGGUA